UACUCAUCCAAUUGAACAUUUCCCAAGUGACUUUUUGGCUCAUUUUUAUUAAACCAUGAGCACUAAGGUAUCCUCACUGUUCAUUAUCCCAGCAUUCUUGCUUCUCCUAGCCUACAAAAUAGAAGGUGGAGAUAUUGUGACCUAUUGGGGCCAAAAUGGAGGAGAAGGUAAAUUGAUUGACACAUGCAACUCUGGUCUUUACAAAAUUGUGAACAUUGCCUUUUUAUCUUCUUUUGGUAAUUUCCAACCUCCUAAGCUAAACUUAGCUGGCCAUUGUGAACCAUCAAAUGGUGGUUGCCGAAUAUUGACUAAUAGCAUUAGAAAUUGCCAAAGCAUGGGAAUUAAGGUCAUGCUUUCCAUUGGAGGUGGUACAAAUACAUACUCAUUGUCAUCAGAUGAUGAUGCUAGGCAAGUUGCAGAUUAUUUGUGGAACAAUUUUCUUGGUGGCCAAUCCUCUACUAGGCCACUUGGAGAUGCCGUACUUGAUGGCAUAGAUUUUGAUAUUGAACUUGGGGAAUCUCAUUAUGUUGCACUUGCCAGGAAACUUUCUGAACAUAGCCAACAAGGUAAAAAGAUUUACUUAACUGCAGCACCACAAUGUCCUUUUCCUGAUAAACUUCUUAACAAUGCAUUGCAAACUGGUUUAUUUGACUAUGUUUGGGUCCAAUUUUACAACAACCCCCAGUGCGAGUUCACAAGCAACCCAGAGAAUUUCAAGAGCAGGUGGAAUCAAUGGACAUCAAUUCCUGCAAAGCAAUUGUUCGUUGGACUUCCAGCAGCCAAAGCAGCAGCUGGUACUGGUUAUGUUCCAAAGGAAGUGCUAAUCUCACAAGUUUUACCAUUUGUGAAGGGUUCUCAAAAAUAUGGAGGUGUUAUGCUUUGGAAUAGAUAUUCUGAUGUUCAAUCUGGUUAUGGCUCUGCUAUUAAGGGUGCUGUCUGAGUUAUAUUAUUGGAUUUGUCCCUCGCGUUAUGCCAUCAUUAAGGCCUAAAUAAAGCAAGUUUAAUUUGCUGAUAUUUGCCUACAAAGUAUGUUGUAAGAGUUCUAAUUAUUCGUUCUAAUGAAAACAUGAAGAAUUAAUUAUAAAGUCAUUUUAUUUGAAAAGAUUUGGUGUAUGCGCCACUCUUUAAUUAAUAAAAAGACCUCAUUUUCUUUUUC